AUGUGGCUGCGGUUCAGGGGCUCCGGGGGCUCCGCACCUCGCGCUCAAGGGGGAGGCCGGCGCGCCGCUCCCAUUGGGCCGACGCAAAACCCUCCCGCCCAGACCCGUGACGUCACGGCGCCGCGAGCUUGGAUUCCCGGCCCAGACGCGAAGGGGCGGGGCCCGGAGACGCGUCACAGUCCCGUGACGUCACGGCCUGCGCGGUCCUGUCUCCAGGCCCCGGUUGAGGUGAGAUUCGCGGAGCCGCUAGGUGCUGGGGGAGCGGGUUGGCGGCGGAGGCGGCGGGGCCCUCACCGGGUCACCGGAGAGCUCGCGCUCAGAGACCGUCCCGCUCCCGGUGCUGUCCUCGGCGGUGCGGGGACGCCAGGCAGCCCGAAGGCCUCCGCACCUUCCCGCAGCUUAGGAGAUGGCGUAGGCCUUAAGUUAUUUGAAAAAUUUAAGUCAAAUGUGGAUAUCAGACCAAGUCAUACAAUUUAUGUCAAUAAUGUGAAUGACAAAAUCAAAAAAGAAAAAUUGAAGAGAUCUCUAUAUGCCCUGUUUUCUCAGUUUGGCCACGUGAUAGAUAUGGCUUUAAAGACCAUGAGGAUGAGGGGGCAAGCCUUUGUUAUUUUUAAGAAACAGGGCUCAUCUACGAAUGCUUUGAGACAGUUACAAGGAUUUCCAUUUUAUGGUAAACUAAUGCAAAUCCAGUAUGAAAAAACAUUUUCUGAUAUAAUAUCUAAAAUGCAUGGUGCUUUUGCUGACAAAAAAAAAGCCAAAAUUGUGGAAGAGACUGCAACAACUGCAAACAAAAAGGCUGGUCAGGGAACACCAAAUUCAGCUAAUACCCAAGGAAACUCAAUACCAAAUCCUCAGGUCCCUGAUUAUCCUCCAAAUUAUAUUUUAUUCCUUAAUAACUUACCAGAAGAGACUAAUGAGAUGAUGUUAUCCAUGCCGUUUAAUGCAUUCCCUGGUUUCAAGGAAGUAUGUUUGGUACUUGGGAGACAUGACAUUGCUUUUGUGGAAUUUGAAAAUGAUGGGCAGACUGGGGCUGCCAAGGAUGUUUUACAAGGAUUUAAGAUCACACCAUCCCAUGCCAUGAAGAUCACCCAUGCCAAGAAAUAA